AUGGCCUGUUCUGACAAAAAGUCCUGCGAGGGCUGCUCAUGCAGCAACGACGCCCAGCCCCAGUCUAUCAACAUCGAAGACUGUCUAAGUGAGCUGCAGGCUCUGCGCCGACGCAACCAAGAAUUGGAGACUCGAAUGGGUGUUGCAAAUGGCGAGAAUGCCCAAGUUCCUGUCCGGCAGCCUGGCCGGACACUUCGUUCGUCUGCAUGGUUCGACUGUCGGAGUAAUCCCGGCAUGACGGCUAUUUAUAUGGAGCGAUACUUCAACUAUGGUAUCACCAAAGAGGAGCUCAUGUCUGGCAAGCCGAUGAUUGGAAUCGCGCAGACAGGCUCGGAUAUUGCUCCUUGUAAUCGCCAUCAUAUCGAAUUAUCCAAACGCGUGCGAGAGGGCAUUCGGACUGCUGGCGGUAUUCCAUUUGAGUUCCCUACACAUCCCAUCCAGGAAACGUCAAGGCGGCCGACUGCUACCUUGGAUCGUAAUUUGGCAUAUCUCGGCUUGGUGGAAAUCCUGACCGGAUAUUUCUUGGAUGGUGUCGUGCUGCUGACCGGGUGUGACAAAACCACGCCGGCUUGCUUGAUGGCUGCGGCUACAAUGAACGUCCCUGCUAUAUGUAUGAACGUGGGACCCAUGCUUAAUGGGUACUCGAAGGGGGCAUUGACUGGAGCGGGCUCCGUGCUAUGGCACGGCCGAGAACUAUAUGCUACUGGAGAAAUUGACGACAACGAAUUUAUGGACUACAUCGCCAGAGGAACACCAUCAGUGGGCCACUGCAACACUAUGGGAACCGCGUCCACGAUGAACGCCCUCGCAGAAUCUCUCGGAAUGGCUCUUCCCGGCUCCGCUGCCAUUCCAGCUGCUUAUCGCCACAGAGCCCAGUGUGCAUACGAAACAGGCAAGCGAAUCGUGGAGAUGGUAGAGACAGACCGAAAGCCAUCUGACAUCAUGACACGCGCGGCCUUCGAGAAUGCAAUCGUGGCCAACGCUGCAAUUGGUGGUAGUACCAAUGCCCCCAUUCACAUCAAUGCCAUCGCCCAGCACGCAGGCGUAGAGGUAUCCAUGGAUGACUGGGAUGAUCUCGGCUCCAAGAUUCCUUUACUAUUGAAUAUGCAACCCUCCGGAGAAUACCUUGGCGAAGAAUACUAUCGCGCUGGUGGUCUUCCUGCAAUUAUGGCCGAACUCCUGGACCAGGGCAAGAUUAAUGGAGACGCAAUCACAUGCAAUGGCAAGACAAUGGCUGAGAAUGUCCGUGGAAAGCAUACCUGGGACCGCAAAGUGAUCAAGUCAUACGACGAGCCCUUGAUGAAGGACGCUGGAUUUGCUCAUCUGAAGGGAAAUCUAUUCGACUCUGCCAUUAUGAAGACGUGUGUCAUUUCCCCGUCGUUCCGCAAGCGCUACCUGUCAAACCCCGACGACCCCGAGGCAUUUGAGGGCCCGGUUGUGGUAUUUGACGGCCCGGAAGACUAUGAACAUCGCCUUGAGAACUCCCCACAUAUCGACGCGAAUACUAUCCUGGUUAUGCGUGGCGUGGGACCGAUCGGGUAUCCGGGAGCAGCGGAGGUUGUGAACAUGCACCCACCUGGUCGUCUGUUGAAGGAAGGUAUCGAUGGAUUAUUCUGCAUUGGAGAUGGAAGACAAUCAGGAACAUCUGGGUCACCUUCCAUAUUGAAUGCUAGCCCCGAGGCUGCGGCUGGAGGAAAUCUUGCAAUUUUGAAAGAUGGUGACAGACUCCGUAUUGACUUGCGGAAACGUCAAGUCAACAUUCUCAUCACAGAUGAAGAGAUUGCCGAGCGGAGGAAGGUGCUUGGCGUUGAUGGCUACUCCAUUGCUCCGAGCGGUACUCCAUGGCAAGAGAUUUUCCGCCAGGAAACAGAUCAAUUGAGCCAGGGUAUGGUGUUGCGAAAGGCUGUCAAAUUCCAGCGGCUUGCACAGGAGGGCCCACCGCUUCGUCAUAAUCACUAA